CCGUCGCCGCCGCCGCCGCCCGUGGCGCUGCCGCUGCUCGAGAUGGGCUUCUCGCUGCGGCACAUACAACGGGCGAUCAGCGUGCUGGGCCGCACCGGCGACAUGUCGGCGCACGCCGUGAACCAGCUGGCCUCGUGGAUGCUCGAGCACCCGUCCAUCGACGACGUAACGGCGAUGACGCACUGUUCGCCGUUCGAGUACCUGGCCAGGGCCCGUGGCAUGUCCCACCGGAGCGACAAUCAGAGCAGCGCCUCAUCCCAAGCCAGUGCCGGGCGCGCGCCGCCCUCCUGCGGCGCCGACACGCACUGGGACUGGUCGCCGAGCCCGCCCACCUCCUGGCCCUACCUGUGCGAGUGCCACAGUGGCAGCGGCGGCCUGUCGCCGACGGAGCCGACCGAUCUGCUGUCGGCACUGGAGGUGCUGGUGGAGCGGGCCGCCGCCGAGGGGCUCGGACAUCGGACGCAGUCGGACUCUGACGAGGCGGCGCUAGAGCUGUGCGAGGUGUGCAGCGCGCUCGUGUUCGACCUGGCGCGUCACCAGCGCUCCACCCACCCGGGCUGCUCGCGGCCCUGGCGGAGCUCUCGCUGCGGCGCCCUGCUCGUACGUGGCCUCCAGGCGGUGGUGCGCUGUCUGGCCGUGUGCCAGUCGCCGCUGCCGUCGCCGGAGCGGGAGGCGCUCUGCGACCUGGGCGGCUGCAUGCCUCGGCUGCGCUCGCACCAGUCGCAGGCGCACGACGGCCGCGUGACCCAGCUGUGCUGGAGCCCGCGCCGGAGCCGGCUAGCCACCUGCGGCUGUGACGGCACGGUGCGGCUGUGGUCACUGGGUGCCGCCGGCGCGCCGGUGCUGGAGCAGACGCUGGUGUUCCACCUCUCGCCGAGCGUGUACGGCGCCGAGCUGCAGAACCCGGUGCUGGGCCACCUGUGCUGGGGCGACGCCGGCGCGCUGGUGGCCGUGUGCAUGGAGAGCACGCUCAACGUGUGGACAGUGCCCGAUGCACAGCUGUUCAUCUCGGAGGAGGCCGUGUCGGUGACGCACAUCAGCUGGAUGUACCGCGAGCGGCGCUUCGCGGUCGGCUUCGCGGACGGCUCGGUGCAGCUGGCCUCGGUCAGCCCGAGCGGGGACACCGUCACGAUCCGUGGCGUGGCCAUGGGCCUGCUGUCCAGCCUGGCGCUGUCUGAUUCGGCCCUACUGCUCGCCGCCGCUGCUGACCAGGCGUACGUCAACAUGUACGUGCUGGCGGGCGGCCGCAAGUGGGAGAUGAUGGAGCCGCUGCCGCUGGAGGCGCCGCCGCUUACACUCUGCUGGCAGAAGCCCGGCUCGCCGGCCAUGCGCGGCGUGGAGGUGCUGCUGGCGGGCGGCGUGGACGGCGUCAGCUCGCUCUGGGCGAUGUCGCCCACCACCGGCGGCGGCCACUGGACGGUGCGGCACGUGCUCACGCUACACGGCCAUCCAAGCUACCCGGUGACGGCGCUGGCGCUGCACCCGACCGGCCUGUACAUGGCCACAGGCUGCUUCAAGGGCAUGAUCGGCCUGGUGAACGUGUGGUCGCUGGUGGACGGUGCGCUGCUGCAGACGCGCGUCGGCGCCGGUGGCGUCCACUCCCUCACCUGGACCGACGGCUACAACCUGGCCGCCACCUUUGCGCGCUCCAAGCUGGUGGCGCAGCAGUACACCUUCGAGAAGCCCACUGUGAUGACCGGCGACCAGCUGGUGCACAGCGGCUACCUGCAGGCGCUGGCCUCGCUGGCGCUGGGACUGCGGCUGGACCGCGUGCUCUGCUACCAGCCGGUGCCGGCCUACGGCUCCCAGCAGCAGAGAGUGCCGGAGUGGACGUGGCUGCUCAACUACUGCCGGGCGGCGCACGUGGCGCAGGCCCUGCUGACCCGGCAGCCGCUGCCGGCGUCCUUCCUGCCCGCCGAGGAGUCUGACGACGAUGAGUCGGAGGAGGAGGACGAGGACGAGGACGACUCGUCGGAUCCGCCGGCGGCCGACAACAGCCGCUGGAGUGUGGCGCAGGACGGCGAGCUGAUGACCUGGGCCACGCUGCACCCGCACGACUGGCAGCUGGGCGGCGGCUGUAGCGCCUACCUCUGGGGCUCCGGCCGACACGGACAGCUGGGCGAGAGCCGGUCGAGCUUCUCGCCGACGCGCGCCGACUCGUUUGGCCUGGCGCAGACGGUGGUGUGCGGCCAGAACUGCACGUUCGUGAUCCAGGCCAACGGCACGGUGCUGGCGUGCGGCGAGGGCAGCUACGGCCGCUUGGGCCAGGGCAACAGUGACGACCUGCACGUGCUCACCGUGGUUAGCGGGCUGCAGGGGUUCGUGAUCGUGCAGCUGUCGACGUCGGUCGGCUCCGACGGCCACUCGCUGGCGCUGGCCGAGUCUGGAGAGGUAUUCUCCUGGGGCGACGGCGACUACGGCAAGCUGGGACACGGCAACUCGGACCGGCAGCGGCGGCCCCGCCAGAUCGAGGCCCUGCAGGGCGAGGAGGUGGUCCAGGUGGCGUGCGGCUUCAAGCACUCGGCCGUGGUGACCGUGGACGGUCAGCUGUUCACGUUCGGCAACGGCGACUACGGCCGGCUCGGCCUGGGCAGCACCGACAACAAGAAGCUGCCCGAGCGCGUCACCGCCCUGGAGGGCAAGCGGGUCGGCCAGGUGGCCUGCGGCCUGAACCACACGCUCGCUGUGUCGGCCGACGGCGCCAGCGUCUGGUCGUUCGGCGACGGCGACCACGGCAAGCUGGGCCUGGGCAGCACCGCCUCCAAGCCCACCCCGCAGCUGGUGGAUGCGCUGUCUGGGCUGGGCGUCAAGAAGGUGCUGUGCGGCAGCCAGUUCUCCGUGUUCCUGACCCAGGCCGGUCAGCUGUACAGCUGCGGCAUUGAUCGGCUCAUCGGCCAGCCCGACUGCAGGCUGCGCGGCCACACGCGGCCGCAGCAGGUGGUCGCUCUGCGGGACCGCGUACUGGUGGACGUGGCAGUGGGCGCCGAACACACCCUGGUGCUGACGGCCGAGGGUGACGUGUUCGCAUGGGGCACCAACAACGACGGUCAGCUGGGGCUGGGUCACACGGCCGGCGUGCGCGAGCCGCAGCUGGUGACCGCGCUCAGCGGCAAGCUCGUCCGACAGAUCUCCGCCGGCCGGUGCCACAGCGCCGCGUGGACGGCGCCGGCCGGCAGCCGCCGCUGUCCGGGUGUCUCGUGCGGCCCCAGCUUGGGCGUGCCGGCGGCCGUGCCGCCCCAGUUCGGCCGGCUGCAGGGCCUGGCGCCGGCGGCGCUGCGUCGCCGCCUCCUCCUGCUGCACCGCUACUCGGACCUGGUGUACGCCAGCUGGCGGCUGCUGCCGCUCAUACAGCAGCCGAGUGACCAGCUGACGCCGGGCCUGUCGGCGGUGACAUCGGCCGAGCUGCGGCCGCUGCUGGCGCCGCGCGUCUACACCCUGCCGCUGGUGCGCAGUCUGGGCAGGACCAUGGUCCAGGGCAAGAACUACGGCCCGCAGAUCACGGUCAAGCGGCUGGCGGUGCGCAGCCGCGUCUGCAAGCCCAUCUUCCUGCAGAUCGCGCGCCAGGUGGUGCGUCUGCGGCCGGCCGAGCUCCGGCUGCCUAGCCGCGCCUGGAAGGUGAAGCUGAUUGGGGAGGGCGCGGACGACGCGGGCGGCGUGUUCGACGACACCAUCACGGAGAUGUGCGUCGAGCUGACGUCGGGUGCGGUGCCGCUGCUGGUGCCGACGCCGAACGCCGUGGCCGACACCGGCUGCCACCGUGACCGGUUUCUGCUCAACCCAGAGCUGACGGCGCCCCACCAGCUCAGUCUGUUCAAGUUCCUCGGGAUCCUGCUGGGCGUGGCCAUCCGCACCAAGAAGCCACUGGCCGUGCCGCUGGCGCCGUUCGUCUGGAAGCUGCUGGCCAACAUGAACCUGAGUCUGGACGACCUGGAGGAAACAGACUCUCUCUUCACGCAGAGCCUGCGUUACGUCCGCGAACUGAGCGCUGACAUACCCGAGGAGACGCUGCACGAGGUGCUGCCAGUGGACACGUUCGAGGCGCCGUCCUGCACGGGCCGCCUGGUGCCGGUGGUGGCCGGCGGCCGCACGCUGCGGGUCACCGCCGCCACCCGGCUGGAGUACGUCCGGCAGGCGGUGCGCUACCGGCUGCACGAGAUGGACCUCCAGGUGGCGGCCGUGCGGGACGGCAUGGCCGGGGUGGUGCCGGUGCCGCUGCUGUCGCUCAUCACGGCCCAGCACCUGGAGCAGCUGGUCUGCGGCCUGCCCACCAUCUCGGUGCCGCUGCUCAAGACGAUCGUUAGGUAUCGGGAGCUGGACGAACAGCAUCAGCUGGCGCGCUGGCUCUGGGCCGUGCUGGAGAGCUUCACCGACUCGGAGCGCGUGCUGUUCAUGCGGUUCGUGUCGGGCCGCUCCCGUCUGCCAGCCAACCUGGCCGACCUCUCGCAGCGCUUCCAGGUGAUGAAGGUGGACAAGCCCACGGACGGGCUGCCGACGGCGCAGACCUGCUUCUUUCAGCUCAGGCUUCCCCAGUACUCUAGUCAGGAGAUGCUCGCGGAGCGGCUUCGCUACGCCAUCAACAACUGUCGGUUCAUCGACAUGGAUAGCUACAUGUUGGCGAGAAACACGGACGGCGGCACGAUGUCUGACGACGAGAUCAUGUAGCUGAACUGCGCUGCGCCAGUAAUAGAUGGCAGCACUCCGGCCGGCCCAGCGUGGCAUCGCGAUUCUCGCAGGGAAAUUCAGCACUCAAAAGUCAUCGUGCCGAUGUGUGAGAUUUGUGAGCUGCAAAAUUGCGAUUUCUUGGUGUUCGCCGGGAACUGUGCUUUGUGCUGUGGUUAAGACCGGGCGUGCGCUAACUGCCAUCCCGUGCGCCCCCACAGCCCGUAUAUUGUUCGCAGAUACAGGCGUGAUCGUGAUACUUGUUUUACAGACGCUUAUUGCUAGACAUCUCGCAUCCUGGUUACGAAAUGGCAGCUCUCUUUCACUUGACUUGAUCACAGAGCUCUUCAUUGCUACGAAAUGAGUUCAAUUUGCGUUGCGAAGUUAAUGCGACCACUAUUUGUACGCAUGUUCACGCUGAUAAUGUUUUCAAAUGGACGCGUUUUUUAAACAAAUUGCAUCGUUCCGUGUUGUUAAGCGACUUCAGCCUGUUGGUGUGAAUAACGUGAGCGUGUUGACGUGACUUUAGUUUAUAACGCCUGCGUUUGUUAUCUUCAUUGGUGUUUAAGUGGUAAUUCGUCCAUUGAAAUUGCAAACGACUGCGAUCCAGAAUUAUUGCAUGAAUGAUAUUUUGGGCUAGGCCCCCGAAAAUAUAC